UGAACAGAAUCUCAACAUAUGGUACGAGUCCUUCCUGCCGGAGUCCGACGGCAGCUCCAUGCGAUUGCUUCACUCCUACAGUGAGGUCUUCAGCGGAUUCGCCGCAGAGCUGACGGAGGAGGAGGUGAAGAACAUGGAGAAGAAGGAGGGCUUCCUGCGCGCGCACCCGGAUCGUGUGGUGCCUCUUCUCACCACGCACACCCCCGCCUUCCUUGGUCUUAAACAAAACCAAGGAUUGUGGAAGGCUUCCAACCUCGGCAAGGGGGUUAUCAUUGGAGUCUUGGAUACCGGUUUGACGCCCAGUCACUCUUCUUUCGACGAUGAAGGGAUGCCGCCGCCGCCUGCCAAAUGGAAAGGCUCCUGCAGCUUCGAGAGCGGCUGCAACAACAAGCUCAUUGGUGCCAAGGACAUGAUCAGCGGUGGUUCUUCGAGUUCGCCCACCGACGAAGAAGGGCAUGGAACCCACACUGCAAGCACCGCCGCUGGUAACUUUGCGCGCAACGCGAGCGCAUUUGGAUUAGGCGGUGGCACUGCGGCCGGCAUGGCACCGCAUGCUCACCUCGCCAUCUACAAGGUGUGCAGCUCCCAAGGAUGCUCCCUUGCAGAUGUCCUAUCUGGCAUCGACGCUGGCGUUAAAGAUGGCGCGGACGUGCUCUCCCUCUCUCUAGGCGGCUCUUCGUUGUCACUUGCUGAGGACCCUCUCGCCAUCGGUUCCUUUGGUGCGACUGAGAAAGGGGUUUUUGUCAGCUGUGCCGGGGGUAACAGUGGACCAUCUCAGAGUUCCGUCUCCAAUGAGGCGCCUUGGAUCCUUACAGUGGCCGCAAGUACUACUGACAGAAGUUUCAGAGCCUCCAUUGAGCUCGGCGACGGUCAUAGUGUCAACGGCGAAUCUCUCGACCAGUUAGAAGCCCUUUCUGAAACCUCGCUUCCUUUAUACUUCUCCCAAGAUUCACCUGACUGCGGUUCCAUAAGCGGCGAUGCCAGCGGGAAGGUGGUCGUCUGCAAGGCCGGCCAGUCGCCGGCAGAUUUGGCCACCCGUGUUAAGGAUAGUGGUGGUGUUGCCCUGAUAUACAUCACCGAUGCCAGCCAAGGGUCCACCAAACUUGUCCGUCGAGUGGAGUUCCCUGCCGCUUUUGUUUCCGACAAGGACGGCGCGUCAAUUAUAUCGUAUGCAACUUCGACGUCCAAUCCCACAGCAUCAAUCUCGUUCGGUGGCGCGGUUCUUGGAGCUUCAGCCCCCUCCGUGGCUUUCUUCUCCUCUCGGGGCCCUUCUUUGGCGUGCCCGUCCAUCAUAAAGCCCGACAUUUCUGGACCUGGCGUCAACAUUCUUGCUGCGUGGUUGGACUCUGAAGGUACAGGUGAAAGUAAUUAUAACAUCAUUUCUGGUACGUCCAUGGCAACUCCUCAUCUCAGUGGUGUUGCUGCGCUCAUAAAAAGUGUGCACCCCAAGUGGUCGCCUGCGGCCAUCAAGUCGGCCAUCAUCACCACCUCUGACGAUAAAAUCGCAUCUGGGAAACCGAUCCGAGAUCAACAAGAGGAACCCGCGAGCUUCUUUGCAAUGGGCGCUGGACAUGUCAACCCAUCCAAAGCCGUUGAUCCGGGGCUCAUCUACGACCUCAAUACCGAUGACUAUAUUGCUUACAUCUGUGGCAAGUUCGGAGACUCCGGUGCAAGUGUUAUAGUUCGUGACAGAUCCGUAAACUGUGAUAAUGUCAAGAACAUCACGGAAGCAAAUCUCAACUAUCCCUCCAUUUUUGUUGCCCUACAGAGUGGGAGCAGCGUGACUGUGAAGAGAACGGUCACCAAUGUGGGGGCCGCAACCUCAAGCUAUAAGGUACAAGUCAACGUGCCCAAGUCCGUGUCUGUCACUGUUACUCCUCAAACCCUCAAGUUCUCCAAGGUGGAGGAGAAGAAAAGUUUCACUGUGACCGUAAAGUUGACCGGCAGUUCGAGCUCUGUUGAAGGAAAUCUGAAGUGGAUUUCGGAUAAGCAUGUGGUGAGAAGCCCCAUCGUCGUCUCCUCGUCUUGAUUCCAUUCACGAUUAGCAAGUUUAUGAUUUGCUACAAGAAAGAAAUUGUUUAUGUGCAACUAAGUCAUCGUGUAUUCCUUG